GGAAGUCCUUUCAGUGACUGAUGUCUGCAGGCUGUGCAGCACCUGCACCGGCUGCAUGCAGGGCUUGGCUGAAAGGUGGAGUCAGCAUGGGAGAGAAGUCGUUCGUGUGAUACUCCUGCACAGCUUCAUGGAGCAAAUAUCGCGGAUGAGCCGCGAGCCUGGAGCAGGCUGGGACGGGGCAGAGAUGGGAGGAGAGCAGAAGGAAAAGUCAAGUUUCCUCAUGGAGGAGGAUGUGGACCUUGGGUCAGAUUUUGGGUUUUGCAUGAAGGCAAACUCAGAGCUGACUCUGGCGGAGCAUGUGAUUGAAGAUUCAGAUGAAGGCCUAGACAAGCGAGUCCUGGGUUUGUUUGUGACUGCUGGACGGACGACGUUCCUGUCUACGAAUCGGGAGCAGACAGGGGAGAGUCCAGCGGGCGAUGUAAAGAAACAACGGGAGGGAGUAGAGAUGGGGGCCGAUAGAGCUUUAGUGGAGAACGGAGAGACUGAACGAAUGAUGGAAGAAGAGGCAGAUAAUCAGACUGAGGAAGAGCCGGAUGAAACGGAGUGUGGAUAUCAUCAUGUUCGUGUGUCUCUUGAGGAGGUGGAGAGUUUCUACAAAUUUUCCUGCCGUUGCCACUGGCUCUGUGAUGAGAUCAUGCAACUGGAGACCAAUCCGCCCCGCGCUGCUGAUAUCACGUCUGAUCUCAGGAAGCAGUUUGCCUUCCUUUCAGGGGGUAGAGGAGAUAAUGGCAGCCCAAUCAUUGUGUUUCCAGAGUUUCCUGCAUUUGGGGAGAUCACAGACAGAGAGUUUCACAAUGUCCUGACCUAUCUAACAAGUGUGCCCAGCUUGUCAUCAACAGACGUUGGUUUUAUCUUGGUCAUCGAUCGCAGGCAGGACCGAUGGGCUGCCGUCAAGGGGACACUACUUCGCAUUGCAGGCUCCUUCCCCGGGAACCUCCAGCUGGUCCUGGUUCUAAGGCCCACCACCCUGCUGCAGAGAACUCUCUCAGACAUCCUGUUUAAGUUCAACAAGGAUGAGUUCAAGAUGAAGGUGCCGGUGAUCAUGCUGAGCUCAGUGAGUGAGCUGCACUCCUAUAUUGACCGCACCCAGCUGACCCGGGAACUCGGAGGGACGCAGGAGUACUGCCACGACAAGUGGAUCUCACAUCGAACUGCCAUUGAGGGAUUUGCUUUGAUGGUUAAGACAACAGCGCAGACCCUGCAGUCGUUUGGGACGGAGCUGGCGGAAACUGAACUCCCAAAUGAAAUCAAGACGACAACCAUCCUGCUUAGCGCACACACCGGCAAGAGGGACAAAAUGAAGGAGGACAUAAUUGUUGCUCUGGAUCAAGGCAGCAGGCUGCUGGAGAGCAUCAAUGAACCUGUAAUACGAGACCCUGACCACAACAUGAACCAGGAUGAACUGGAAAAUCUGGCCACAGUACAAAGACUGCUGUCUCAGCUGGACGAGACAGAGCGGGCUUUCGACGAGUUCUGGAUAAGGCAUCAGACCAAACUGGAGCAGUGUUUGCAACUGCGACACUUUGAGCACGACUUCAGAGAGGUCAGAGCUCUGCUCGACAACAUGUCUGAGAAGCUUGCAACCUUCUCCGAGGUCGGCAUCAGCCCCGCCCAUGCCGACCACAUCUUCUGUGAGCUCACCUCCUUUGAAGAGAGAGUCUGUGAGGCUCUGGACAGGGCCUCGGCGCUGUCCCGUGAGGGUGACGAGCUCAUCCAGAAAUCCCACUACGCCGAGGACUCCAUCCAGCCCAAGUGCAGUGAGCUCCGAGCCGUCUGCGAGAGCCUGAGCUGCAAUCUCCGGGCCAAGAAGGACUACCUGCUGAAAGCCAUGGAGCUGCACCACCGGCUGGAGAGAGCGUCUAAAUGGGUGGAUGAUGGCAUUUAUCUGCUGGCGUCUCAGCCGGUAGACAAGUGUCAGUCCCACGAGGGGGCUGAGCUGGCCCUGCAGGAGUUGGAGCGCUACCUGGACAACGCGGGCCAGAAUCAGCUGACCGACCUCAGCGCCAUCUGGAGCGAGUACGAGGCCGUGCUGAACCAGCAGCUCAGGGAGCAAGUGGAGAGAGUUUACCAAAAGCAAGCGUCCAUGCAGGAGAUGUUUGACAAGCGGAGGAUCAGCCUCAAGAAGCUGGCAGCCAAACAGACCAGGCCCGUGCAGCCAGUGGCCCCGAGACCAGAAGCCUUCAUCAAAUCCCCGCUCAGCUCGCCCGCGCACAAAGCACAGCAGGAAAAAAAUUCAGAGUCUCUCAUCAGCUGUGAAAAAACGAACGGCCAACUGCAGAACGAAGACGGCAGCAGCAGACAUGCGUCUCAGUCGGAGGAGGAGGAGAACCUGGCAGUGCUCAGGCGACAUGUAAUGAAUGAGCUGCUGGAGACGGAGAGGGCCUACGUGGAGGAGCUGCUCUGUGUGCUGCAGGGAUAUGCCUCAGAGAUGGACAAUCCAGCCGUGUCUCACCUCAUCCCCGCGCCGCUGCAGAACAAAAAGGAUGUUCUUUUUGGUAACAUGCCAGAAAUUUACCACUUUCAUAAAAGAACCUUCCUGAGGGAGCUGGAGCUCUACACGGACUGCCCAGAGUUAGUCGGAAGAUGCUUUCUGGAGAGGAUGACCGACCUGCAGAUCUACGAGAAGUACUGUCACAAUAAGCCUCGGUCUGAGAGCCUCUGGAGGCAGUGCUCCGACUGCGCCUUCUUCCAGGAAUGUCAGAAAAAGCUGGAGCACAAAUUGGGUUUAGAUUCCUAUUUGCUGAAGCCAGUCCAGAGAAUAACCAAAUACCAGCUGCUGCUCAAAGAAAUGCUGAAGUACAGUAAGCGCUGCGACGGGGCGGACGACCUGCAGGAGGCCUUGACCUCUAUCUUGGGCAUCCUCAAGGCUGUCAACGACUCCAUGCAUCUCAUCGCAAUCACAGGAUAUGAGGGUAAUAUGACGGAACUGGGUAAGCUCCUCAUGCAGGGCUCGUUCAGCGUUUGGACGGAGCACAAGAAAGGUCACGCCAAAGUUAUAGACCUGGCUCGUUUCAAGCCCAUGCAGAGACACCUGUUUCUCCACGAGAAGGCUCUCCUGUUCUGCAAGAGGAGGGAGGAGAACGGGGAGGGCUACGAGAAAGCUCCUUCAUACAGCUUCAAGCAGUCUCUUAGUAUGAAUGCGGUGGGGUUUACUGAGAACGCCAAGGGAGACAACAAGAAGUUUGAAAUCUGGUCCAACUCCAGAGAGGAGGUUUAUAUUGUUCAGGCACCAACCGCUGAAGUAAAAACCACAUGGGUGAAUGAGAUCAGGAAGGUUCUGACAACCCAGCUGGAGGCCUGCAGAGAAGCCAGCCAGCAGAGGGCGCCAGACCAAGUGUUCCAGUUUCCCCCAGCGCCAACCGGGAUAGUGAGUCUCAGUCCAUUUAAAACCAGUCAGAAGGUUAAAAAGGGAGAGGAGAAGAAGACAGAGCCUGGCAGCCCUGAUGCCCUCUCUUCUUGUUCUCCAAAGCUCGCAGUGAAAGACGAGGCCGUGACAAGCCCGACCUCAGACAGAGCUGCCGUGGCUAAAAAGCGUUUUACUUUGCAGGGAUUCAGUAACCUCAAAACUCAGAAAGAGCCCUCGACCGCUGGUGACAAAUGUUACACGUUCCCCAUGAUAAUCUGCCCGUCUUCAGGAUCUCCCACCAGCCCAGAUCACACCACCAAACGCCAGAGCGACCCCACGCCAUUUGGCUUCAAAGGAUGGAAUAAGACCUCCCUGUCGCUGGACGAACAUGACGGCUACUCCAGCGCCGAGGAUCCUCUUAACUCUGACCCAGAAGAUGAGAACGUCAGGAAGCUGUGUGCUGGGAAAUACACCAUAAUGGCUGACAAUGAGACUGGAGCUGCAGGAGAGCUUUUAGUGAAAAGCGGAGACAUGGUGCAGCUGCUGAAGGAGGGGGACGACGGACAGUGGUUCGUCCGCAACCUGAACACGUCCAAGGAAGGCUGGAUGGCCGCUGCUGACCUCCUCGCCCUCAUCGGGAAGUCCAAGUCUUGCCAGUCUCUCAGCAGCUCAGAAUGCAGCGGCUCUGGGAACCUCAGCACAUCGUCCAGCUGCAGCGAGACCUACACGAACAUAUCAGACGCCAAACACUAAAGUCUUCUCCUGUCGAGGAACUGCCCUCCUGAAUGCAAGCGUCGCCCGGCUGCAUCUGUGCUGUAUAACGCCAACAUCAGUACUCCCGCAUUUUGCACAAAACGUUGUAUGUCUGUCAUUGUUUCUUUCAAAUGCACACCCACACACCCCCUGUGGUUUCAUAAUGCCGUACCACUGUCGUGUAAAGGUGUAGACGUUACCAAAAUAACUCCACAGCGUAGUAAAGUGAUCUGGUAACAGGUGUUUUUAUGAUCAGCUUUAGAUGUAUGAGUGGACCAGCAGGACUGAGAUCUGUUAAUGCAUCUAUUUAAGUUCACAUCACCAGCAGAGGAAAGUUAGUUAUAUCUUCUGGGGGGGACAACAAAAAGAUGUCUUUUAUGUUCAUCAGCUCUAAUGGAUCACUUUCUGUCUUGUGUUUUUCUUUUUCUUUUUUUUCCAAAAGAGGGAAAAAAGUUCAUACAUGCUGCUUUUUUUAGUUUGUAUGUUUUCCGUUUGUCAGCUCAGUAUUGAUUGACCCAUUUGGAUUCACCCGGGUUUGUUUGCUCGUCAUCCUCCCUGUUCUUGCUGUAUUUCCACACGUCUGCUGCUCGGCUGUCAGCCUGUCUGUAGAAACCGGUCCAGCUGCCCAAACUUCGUCUGUGAAUUUUCACCCUUUUGUGAAUUUCCAUUAAUGCAACAAAUAUAUCUCGGUGUGAAGACCCAGAGACCACUGUAUAGUGCUAACCUAUUCCCCGUGCGGCGGGGUUCCUGUUCUGAAUGUAGAUAUUAUGUAAUAUUGACUGUCCGUCAUGAGAUAUUUGUUAAUGAAAAUGCUAUAUUGUACACUGAGUAUGGUGAUGUCACUACCUGGUGACUUGUCUAAUUUUUUUUUUUUACAUAAACGAAUUGUAAUAAACCAGUA